AUGCCAAACAACAGCCUGGCACUGAGCAGCCUGGACGGCAUUUACAUCGGCACCGAGUGCUUGGUGGCUUUGUUUGCCACUCUGGGCAACGUCCUGGUGAUCUGGGUGGUGAGGCUGAGCUCCGCCUUCCAGAACACCACCCUGUACUUCAUCGCCUCCCUGGCGCUGGCCGACAUCGCCGUGGGGAUCCUGGUGGUGCCCCUGGCCAUCGUGGUGAGCCUGGGCAUCACCCUGCACUUCUACACCUGCCUCUUCAUGUGCUGCCUCAUGGUGGUUUUCACCAACGCCUCCAUCCUCUCCCUCCUGGCCAUCGCCAUCGACAGGUACCUGCGAGUGAAGCUGCCGACCAGGUACAAAAGAAUCACUACAGAGAGAAGAGUUUGGUGGGCACUGGGGCUGUGCUGGUCUCUGUCCCUGCUGGUUGCAUUUGUCCCCAUGUUUGGCUGGAACAAGUCAAGGGACUCCAACCUCCCCCGGUGCCGAUUCAUGUCCGUGAUGAGCAUGGAUUACAUGGUGUAUUUUGGCUUCUUCACGUGGAUCCUUGUCCCCCUGCUCAUCAUGUGUGCCCUGUAUGCUGAAAUCUUCCACAUCAUCAGGACAAAGCUGAGUCAAGGCACGACCAGCGUGAGAGGGGCUGGAGCUUUUUAUGGGCAGGAGUUCAAGAUGGCCAAGUCUCUUGCGCUCGUUCUCUUCCUGUUUGCAAUAUCCUGGUUGCCUCUGUGCAUUAUAAACUGCAUUUCCUAUUUUUACCCUGAGACUCAGAUCCCCCAGUUUUGGAUGUACUUGGGAAUCCUGUUAUCCCACGCCAAUUCUGCCAUGAACCCCAUUGUCUACGCCUGCAAGAUAAAGAAGUUCAAAAGCACGUACCUUUUGAUUUUAAGGACCUAUAUCCUGUGCAAAAAACCAGACCUGGCUCUUACAGAGCAAACAACAGACCCACCGUCAUAAAUUAAGACUGUAUAGACCAGGCAACUGAUAAACCACUUGGCUUUGCUAAGGAAUUCAUGGGAGAAUGAAGCAACAUGUAGAUCUGAAGGUUACCCUAAAGCUGUAUGUGAAUAUAUGUCUUUGUAUUAUAUAAGUUCAAAAUA